AAAACGUCGACUAUAUAAGAAACUGUCCACGGAUUUGCUUUGAUUCAGUCAUUUCGAGCCAAUGUCAUCGAAGAACACUGGAAUCAUGUGGAAAACGUUCUUAGUUAUUGCCUUCUUCUGUGCUGCAGGUAACGCGAACGAUUGUGUGCCUCGAAGGUUCGGUUUUGACGGGAUCGUGUGCGUUUGCAAUGCAACGUACUGCGACGGGCUAUCGAAAAACCAACCGGAAGUCCCGGACGAAGGAAACGCUUUCAUGUACGUUUCGAACAAGAACGGACUCAGGCUCCAAGAAUCGCUGGUACAAUUCAACACCUGUCACAUCUCGCUCUUCGAGUCCACCCUGACUGUAGACACUACGAAGAGGUAUCAAACGAUAGCAGGUUUCGGGGGUGCCCUCACCGAUUCUGCCGGUUUGAACAUUAAAAAGCUCAGCUCGGCUGCACAGGAUCAGCUGUUACGGUCGUAUUACGAUCCAAAAACCGGGAGCGGAUAUAAUCUAGCCCGCCUGCCGAUUGGUGGAUCCGAUUUCUCGACGAGACCUUACACCUACGACCCCUACGACAACGACACGACCCUGGAGCACUUUAACCUUGCCUUCGAAGAUCACGAAUAUAAAAUACCGUUCCUGCAGAAAGCUCUUAAAUUAAACCCAAACCUGAAAUUGUUCGGGGCAGUCUGGUCGCCACCGCCAUGGAUGAAAACCAACAACAAAGUCAACGGAGCAGGUUUCCUCAAGAAGGAAUACUAUCAACUCUACGCGGAAUAUAUAUUGAAAUUCUUGAAGAAGUAUAAGGAGUUCGGUAUCGAUAUUGCGGCCGUUUCAACGGGUAACGAACCGGGAAAUGGCGUCGUGAUCGUCGAUCCUUUGAGCUCUAUGGGUUGGACUCCGAACACCGUGGCCAAGUGGAUCGCUAAUAAUUUGGGCCCGACUCUGGCUGCCUCUGAACACAAUCGCACGCAAAUUUUAGUCCUGGACGAUCAGAGAAUAUUUCUGCCUUGGUACGUCGAAGAAAUAGCUAAGAACGAAGAAGCGAUGAAGUACGUCGCGGGAAUAGCGUCGCAUUGGUACACCGACUUCAUAGUUCCGACGAGUGUGUUGGAUCAAACGCACGACAAAUUUCCAGACAAAUUCCUCAUCAUGACCGAGGCGUGUUUAGGAACCGGAGAACCUUUGACUCCGGUUGUAUUAGGAUCGUGGUAUCGAGGGGAAAAAUACUUUUUGAGCAUAUUAGAGUACAUGAACCAUUGGUACGCCGGAUGGGUGGACUGGAACAUGGUUCUGGACAAAACGGGCGGACCAAACUGGAUUAAAAACAACGUCGACGCGCCCAUUAUCGUGAACCCGGAGAGCGACGAAUUUUUCAAACAACCUAUGUAUUACGCUCUGAAACAUUUCAGUAGAUUCGUAGGCAGGGGCUCCGUCAAAGUUUCUGUCACCGACACCCUUCACAUCAAGUCUACAGCGUUCGUAACACCUUCGAACAAAGUUGUUGUUGUACUGUACAACAGGGGUCUUUCGCCGAAACAAGUGGUUCUGAAAGAUGCAAAGAAGAGCAGUCUUUGCCUCGAAUUAUCUCCACAGUCUAUGAACACCAUAAAAUAUUAACAGUUACUAAUAUAGCUGAUUCACACGAUGUACGAAUAUAGUACUCCUAAAUUGUGAUGUUUGUACUAAUAAGUGACACGUGCACAAUAUGAUUGUAUUAUUUUGUAGAAGUAUUUACAUCCUUGUCCUUGUUCAUUGCUAGUAUCUAUAUAAGUGAAAGUUCUUUGGGGCUACAAAUAUGUUUUGAAAAAUGUAAUGAUAAAAGAGUUCGAUCGCCACUGUUGCAAAAUAUUCUUUAACCUUGGUUAUGAGCCACACGAAGUAUGGAAUACAUCAGGUUUGAAGCGCACAUGUGUAAUUACGUGUGUCUAUCGGCUGUUCAAA